GCGCUCACCUCUUGGUGGACAAGACAGAGCGGCACAGCGCCAAGAGCAGUCGUAGAAGAAUGGAGGUGUCGUUGAUGAGAAGCACUCGCUGCUCUUCCUUCUCGCCCUCUCCCACCUGGAAACCCCCGGUCUCCCUUCUUGCCCGCCCCGCUCUCCUCUCCUUGCGCUCCUCCUCGUUGUGUCCUCUCGGCCCUCUCUCCUCGUCCAGGGACCUCCUCUCCCGCCGGCAUGGCGGGCGGAGGGUGACGGUCAUGAGCAUGGAGGCGGGAAUCGGCGUGAUGGGGACCAAGCUCGGCAUGAUGACCUACUUCGAGCCCGACGGCACCGUCGUCCCCGUCACCGUCGUCGGCUUCCGCGAGGGCAAUAUCGUCGCCCAGGUCAAGACCGCCGCUACCGAUGGGUACGACGCUGUCCAGGUGGGCUACCGCCGCGUCCGUGACCGCAAGCUCACCAAGCCCGAGCUGGGCCACCUGGAGAAGGCCGGCGCCAUCCCCAUGCGCCACCUCCAGGAGUUUCGACUCCAGUCCGUUGACGGCUUCGAGCCCGGCCAGAGGCUCGUCGUCGAGGAUAUUUUCAAAGAGGGUGACCUCGUCGACGUCUCCGGCAAUUCCAUCGGCAAGGGGUUCCAAGGUGGAAUCAAAAGGCACAACUUCCGUCGUGGACUGAUGACUCAUGGUUCCAAGAGUCACAGAGCCCUGGGUUCGAUUGGUGCUGGUACUACUCCUGGACGUGUGUACAAGGGAAAGAAGAUGCCCGGAAGGAUGGGAGGAACCAAGACCAAAAUCCGAAAGCUGAAGAUUGUUAAAAUAGACAGCGAAUUGCGAGUGGUCAUGAUAAAAGGGGCUGUUCCUGGAAAGCCGGGCAACCUUCUCCGAAUUACGCCUGCCAAGAUUGUCGGGAAAAAUAUACCCAAGAACUAGCACCCAUCUAUCUUUAUUGUGUCCAACUCACCUUUCGGAAAUCUGGUUGCUUCCCUUUUUUUCAUUAGUCUUCAGCAGUACCUAUUAGCUUUCUUUAUGGACUAUGCUGUUGAACAGAGUCGUAACCAUCGCAGCAGUUUUCCCGGAAACCUGGUUGUUUCUUCAACUUCGAGCUUUGUAAUCCAACAUGUAGUGUUACAACAAGUAUGGAGAUGGAUGUUUCUGUAUAAUUGUGUGUAUAAACCUGAUAGCAUGGAAGUUCAAUUUGUGUAUAAUUUUGACUUUUGAGA